AUGUCGCGCAAUUCCUUCGACGAGGGUGACGACCAGAUCACCCCUCUCGCCCGUAGAAUGACAGCCACCGACGAAGGCAACCGCGUCCUCCAAAUGGGCAACAUGGCCGCCGCACGCCGCAAGAACAGCAUCCACCGCACCAGCCCUCCCACCGAGCACACCCGCAACCGCUCCGAGAACUCUACCUCGCCCUCCAACCACAAAGUAGUGAUACCCGACGAACUGCCCGCACGCAGCAAGACCACUGGCGGCGGUAUGAGUCGCUCAAAGUCCAUGAAGAAAGCGCUGGGUAGAGCAAUGAGUGUGCGUCAAGAGGCUCCCCAUGUCGCUCACAAUAUCCCUAAUACUGGGUUUGCGCCGAGUAGAUCAAAGUCGUUGCGUGCGCCUCCUCCUCCGCGUCUUUCUCUUCGCAGACAGCAAGAGGCGGGUAAGGAUAGCUUUGCGGAACCCGUUCCUGUGCCUGANUUUCCGUCGCCGGGAAGAGCUCCUAUGGGCCAGAGAAUCUUUGAUCCGCAAACGAUUGCCGAGGAUGAAGGUGUGGAUGUGGAAAAGACUGGCGGAUGGGCUGUAGACAAGAAGACGCAGAAGAAACUGGAUGAUGAGAGGGCUAGAAUUGAAGAGCAGGAACGCCAGGCAGUGUUCAGCGGUGAUGAUGGUGACAUCAAACACAACACAACAGGAAGAUCACGAAGCAAGAGUUUCAAGGAGUUCUUCAGGAGAGGUUGA